GGCGGGACUUCCUGUGAUCGACCCUCGUUUAUUUUUUUGCAGAGCCAAAUACCGUCCACAGAGGUCCCCCUUUAGUAAAAUAUCUUGCCAUCAUGCCAAACCUCUUAGUGAUUAGGAGCUGCUUUCUGAGUUGCCUCUUAGUACUGUUAUGGCCAUGUAGUUCUCAGCUGGAAGAGCAAAGCAAGCUUCUACUGGUGUCCUUUGAUGGCUUCCGCUGGGAUUACGUGAAUCGAGUGCCCACACCAAAUUUUCGUGCCCUGAUGGAUGAGGGUGUGCAGGUGGAUCAAGUGGAGAACACCUACAUCACCAAGACCUACCCUGACCACUACACCUUAGUGACAGGUUUACACGCUGAAACCCAUGGCAUUGUUGCUAACGAAAUGUAUGACCCAAUUCGUAACCGGUCCUUUUCCAUGGAGGGGCCAGAAGUGUAUGAUGCGUGGUGGUGGGAGGAGGCUGUGCCCUUGUGGGUGACCAAUCAAAAGGCUGGGCGGAAGAGCGGGGCUGCCAUGUGGCCUGGAUCAGAUGUAGCAAUUGGUGGAACAUACCCAACACAUUACUUGAUCUAUAAUGCAUCAAUGGCCUUUGAGGCCAGAGUUGAGAAACUCAUUGACUGGUUCUUAGGGCCAGAGGCAAUAAAUUUUGGGGUCUUAUACUGGGAGGAGCCAGAUGAAAGUGGGCAUCAUUUGGGACCAGAGAACCCACUGAUGGAUGCGGUCAUAGCAGACAUUGAUGAGAAGUUGGGGUUUCUCAGGGAACAGCUCAAAGCAGCUGGCCUUUAUGAGAAAAUCAAUCUCAUUGUUACAAGUGAUCAUGGAAUGACACAGUUGUCACAUGAUAAGAUCAUUGAGCUGGACACCUACGUCAGCCGUGAUCUUUACACAUGGAUAGACAAGAGCCCUGUAGUUGGUAUUUUGCCUAAAGAAGGCAAACUUGAAGAGGUCUACAGUUUGUUGAAGAAUGCAAACCCUAACAUGUUUGUAUAUAAAAAGGAGGAGAUCCCAGAGCAUUACCACUACAGACACAAUGUCAGAAUAAUGCCUCUUAUCAUAGAGGUCAAAGAAGGAUGGACAGUCAUGCAGAACAGAAAUGGAUCCUUUAUGUUGGGAAACCAUGGUUAUAACAACAGCCUUCGCAGCAUGCACCCUGUGUUUGUUGCCCGUGGACCAGCUUUCCGUCGUGACUAUAUCAAGGCCUCCAUGCGCUCUGUUGACCUCUACCCUCUCAUGUGUAACAUUCUUGGUCUCAAGCCCUUGGCCAACAAUGGUUCUUUGGCAAGUGUGCAGGAUCUCUUAGUGGAGACUUCAACCCCAAAGCCAGUGGUCCCACCGGUGCCCAAAGAGCCUUCCUAUGCAUGGGCUGUGGGGUCCAUCCUUGGCACUGUUCUUGUUAUUGGUUUCCUCUUCAUCUUUGUGCAACAGGUGACACAAAGGCAGCUACCCCCUUUGCAUCUCUCCAAUAGUGAGAUAACACAGCCCUUACUGUAGGAUCAGUUAACACCUAUAAUGAAGAUGCAGCCUUUCUUAGCAAACAUAAAUGUUGUGGUCCCUUUUUUCAUGUGAGGUUUUCAAAGCAUGUAGCACUGAUUUUUUUUUCUCCAGUGCCACUGAUCUUAUUUGACUAAAUUCUGAUAAUACUUGGCAGUUAAGAUUUUAAAGAGUCAGCAUGGUCACUUGUAUUAAAAAGGUGAUCAAUAUCCAUGGUACCAUGCCAAAGCCGAAUAUACCAAAAGCAAUAUGGGGAAAGAUGCUACAGUUGGCCAGAGGUAGUGCAAUCAUCAAAAUCUUAGCUGACUAAACCAAUAGUGCCCUCUUCUGUAAAGCCGUCCAGGAUAACUUUAUUCUUGUCACCUAAUAUUUAGUAUUUGAUGAAAAAAAAAAAAAAAAGAAAAUUUUAGCAUCCCCAUGCUUUUUCUUUAAAUUGCAAUCUGAUAUUUUAUUAACAAGAGAGACAUUUGCUCUUUUUUUCUGCAUUAAAGGGAUAGUUCACUCAAAAAUGAAAAUUCUCUGAUCAUUUACUCACCGUCAUGCCAUCCAAGAUGUGUAUGACUUUUUUUCUUCUGCAGAACAUAAAUGAAGAUAUUUAGAAGAGUAUCUCAGCUCUGUAGGUCCAUACAAUGCAAGUGAAUGGUGAUCAGACCUUUGUAGCUCCAAAAAUCAAAUAAAGGAAACAUAAAAGUAAUCCAUACAACUCCAGUGGUUAAAUCUAUAUCUUCAGAAGCGAUAUAAUAGGUGUGAGUGAUAAACAGAACAAUACUUGUCUUUUUUUUUCUUACUCUAAAUCUCCACUUUAACUUUCACUUUUCAGUGAAACUAAACAGGCAUUACAUGUGACUUUUAGAUGUAAAAGUGAAAGUGGAUAUUUAGAGUAAAAAAAGGACAAAUAUUGAUCUGUUUCUGCAGAAGAAAGUCAUACACAUCCGGGAUGGAAUGAGGGUGAGUAAAUGUGUAACAAAAAAGUUUAAGGAUGAAAAUAUCAAGGAAUGUUAGUAGCAGUUGGCUUUCAGAUUUGUUGCCUAUUCUCAGUCAUCACUUUCUUUAGUUAAUUGCUGUUGUUUGGUUUAAAUUGACACAUUAAUGUUACUAAGAGUUAAUGAAACGAACCAGGUAGUUUUCAAGCUACCUCUGUGUUGCACUAAGAUCAAUGUAAGCUAAUCAGGAGAGAUUAAAUAUUAUAGUAGUAAGAUGUUUUAGCUUAUCUGCAUUUUGCACAAUUUAAUACCAUUCAAAAUGUAUUUUAAAUGAGGGUUUGCCAAAAUCUUCAUUUAUCUAUUAAGUUUUAAAUCAAGUAGUAAGAAUAGGUCAUGCAUUACUGUAUUUUGUACUUUUUGGAAAUAGCAUUUAACAAAAAGCCCUUUGUAGGGCAAACAACACUGUGAUCUGUCUUCUACUAGUGCAAAAACCUAAAGGGAAAAUGAAUAUUUAUGCUCUUUGAUAUAAAUGUUGCUAAAUUAGUUUGUAGUUGCUUGCAGAAUGUUAGGAUUAUUUCUGUAAUGAGGGAAAUAUGACUUUCAAUAUUGACAUGUUUGCUGAGAUUGUUGUGCUUCGUGUUAAGUAUUUCUAUGAUUUUAAUGGAUUAGUCUUACAUGAUCUGAAUUGUACUGACUAAUGUCAGAUUUACCCUGUCAAAAACAUUACUUUCAAUGUGCUACAUUUAAGGAAAAUAAAUGGCUGGUUUGGAAACUCA